AGUCGAGCUGGCUGUUUGGCAGCACAGCAUCCGCCGGCGGGCGCAGCGCAAGUAUAAGGCAGAGAGGCACUCGCAGAGCACAGCUUUCCGGAUCCCCGCCUCGGCUUAGCCGCGACUUAAGCGAGGAGCUUAAGCCUCGACGAGCGAGCGAGAGAGAGUGAGUGCGUGCCACGCGGCGCUGCCCAGCAGCAGCGGCAUCGACGACCACGGUAUCUCCGUUUUUUUCCGCGACGUUACCUGUGCUCGGCCGUGCACCUGCCUUACGUAAGCCAGUGUGACAGGAAGGCGUUAUCGCGUGUACGCGCGCCCGCCAAAAGCUCGAGCCAGAAGUGCCGCGAGCGCCAGUGUCUACCGUCGUUCCGUCUGCCGAGCACGCUCGAGCCCGAGGAUCGAGCAGUCCUCGUGGCAUCCUCCAUUGUUGUGCGCGUGCUAUAGCGGCGACGCUGCAAACAAGUGCCUGGUGAUAUGACUUGAGGCUCGUUGGUUCGUUGGUUCGCGAGGGAUCGAUCACCGAAGAGCGACGUCGCGUGCGCCGACAGGUGCGGCGCGGCAGUGAGCGAGUAGCAGCCGCCGCCAGCAAGGACAGGACGCACACGCGGCCGGACGCACGUAGCCGACAAGACGUUGGCCUACUACAGCAUGGAUCGCGCCGGCCUCGGCGGCGGCCACGGGUCCAUUGGAGGUAGCGCUAUCGUCGGCAUUGGCGCCAACUCGGCCAUCGGCGUCUCGUCGUCCGCCGGCCUCGAGUUGGCCGGCGGCGAGCUCUGCCUCCAGGACCUCGUCAGCAGUGCCGCCAACGGCCAACAGCAGCACAUCAACAGUCUCCAGCAGCACACUACCGACCAUCUGCAGAGUGCCAUGCAACACGCUGGCCAUCAUCUGGAUCACUUGCACGCCAACAGCCACCACGACCAUCAUCAUGUGAGCAGCUCGGCCGCCGCUGCCGCGAUGCUGCACAACGGCACUCAUCAGAUACUGCACGAGCCCCUCGAGAGGCUUAAACAGUGGGCGCAGAGUGACUUCAGGGACGAAACGAAUAGCAGCAGUCUGGCGAGGUUAGACUCUUCAGGUCACGGAGCUCACACAUCCAGCGGCAGCAAUCCGAGUACACCCGGAACCACUGCACCAAUCACACCAUCCAGAGGUUUCGUCACGACGCAACCGGUCAAACACGUCGCCAGAAGCUGUGAUCCUAGGAAGAACUUGCCAACGAUAGCGGAGAUGAAGCACGAGCAGGUGACGCGAAGCGACGGCAACUCGCCGUCGGGCGGCGACGGUGACGAUAAAGACAACAAGAAGGGCAAGCGGCAAAGGAGGCAGAGGACGCAUUUCACGUCGCAACAGCUGCAAGAACUCGAGACGACCUUCACGAGGAAUCGAUAUCCCGACAUGUCCACCAGGGAAGAGAUCGCUAUGUGGACGAAUCUAUCAGAGGCGCGAGUCAGGGUGUGGUUCAAAAAUCGACGGGCGAAAUGGCGAAAGCGCGAGCGCAACUCCCUGAACGCGCUGAACGCCGCGGCAGCGGCAGCGGAGAACUUCAAGGCCGGCUUCAACCCAGCCGGGCUGAACGGUUUCAUCGCCCAGCCGUUCGCCGACCCCUACCAGUACAGCACCUACAACAACUGGGCGUCCAAGGUGCCGUCACCGCUCGACAGCAAAAGCUUCAGCUGGCCGGUGAAUCCUCUGAGCAGCGUGGUGCAGUCGGCGGCAUCGACGGGCCACCAUCCGCAUCACCCGCAGGUCAGCCCGGUGAGCUGCUUCAACUCGAGCUCGCUGUCGGGCGGUCACGUAGGUGGUAUGUCCGUCGGCCAAGCGGCCACGGCCAUGAUCCCGAGCAUGGGUGUCGCCGGCUCGCCCGUCGCUGCCACCGGCGCCGCCUGCCACUACGCCAGUCCCGCGGCGCCGCAUCACCCCUACGCGCCGCCGGUCUACCACCGGACCACCACGCCAUCGGACAUCGCCAUGUCCACGAGCAUCGCCACGCUCAGGCUCAAGGCCAAGCAGCACUCGAGCAACUACUCCAGCUUCGGCUCCAGUCCGGCCAACAACAACAAUGGCCCGGCGGCCAACAACAACACCGGCGGCGGCGGCGGCGGCGGCGGCAGUGCACCCGGGAGCAUCAGUCCCGUGAGCUCGAGAGCCUCAUCCGUCGGCGGAUUGAGCGCCUGCCAGUACGCGUUGGCCCAGGCUGGCGGCGCCAAUCCUCACUCGCCGAGUGCCGAGAGUAGAACUCAAGUUUGAGGCGAGGCGGGGGCGGCUUCGAGCAGCCCCCAACAGCAGUCGCAACAACAGCAACAGCAGCAGCAGCAGCAGCAGCAGCAGCAGAGCAUGCCUGGAGUACAGCUGGGCGAGCAAACGCCGCAGAAGACCGAGUGACACAGGCCGACGUCCGUCGUGGGCUCGCCCGCGCUUUCGUCGACGCCCUCCUCGAUGGCAUCGCCAAGCAACUAUCUGUUCGAGGACGACAACACCACGACGGACUGCAAGGAGGAGCCACAGCAGCAACCGAGCGAGAGGCUCGCGCCGGCCACCGUCGGACUUGCCGGUUACCUCCAUCACUCGGCCGCUGCCGCCUCGGCUGGCUACUGGCCGCCGCUCAUCUACGACUGGUCCGAUCCCAACAGAGACGACAACUCGCAUCGCGGUUAAAUCGCAUUGUUUUCAUUUUUCUUCCUUUCUUUCUUUCUUUUUACGCUUUUCUUUUUUCUCCUAUCUUUUUAUUACUUUUCACUUUUGUUACUUCACGUAUAAUGAGGUUUGUAUCAUACGCGUCGCGCAGUGUUUUACUCUUUCCUUGUCGCUUCGAUAGACAAACUCAGAGAAGUUAGAAGCAAAGUUAUGUGCGCGCUCGGUCGUUAUACAUAUUCAGUGAAUAAAUAGACUUAGACAUUCACAAGUACGGAGUGAUAUAUAAAAAGUGUGUGAGAUUGUAAAUGACUUUACCGUACUUUAUACAGAAACUGAUUAAUCAUUAUGUAUUAUUUUAUACGUUGUACAAAAUUUGCUUUUUAAUUUGUGAAUAAUCGUGCCAUUAAUAAAUUAGUCACGGUGAGAAAGAGAGAGAAAGAGAGAGAAAGAGAGGAGGGGUGCGAGAAGAGUUCACGUUUGAGGCUACACUCGAAUCGAGUUGAAUCUGUUUUUACGGUACUUUCAUAUAAUCGCUAUAAUAUUGUUUGACGUGUUGCCAAAUCUUUCUUAGUCACUGAAAAACUACGCGAAAUAACUGCGUAUAGUAACAGUUAAAAAACGACGAAUUGAAAAAAAUACGAGUUUUAUUUAUACAACACUAAGGUGAAAUCGUGCGUGGAUCAGAUGCUGAUUGAUGAAUCACGACAGAUCCAAUUUACUCACUAUUCUGUAGAUAUCUGUAUAGUAGACGUUCGUUCGUAAUCGAGGCAAUGGAUGUAUACCAGAAACUUGUUACGUUCGCGAUUUAUUAUAAAUAAUUCAAAGUGAAUUAACAAUGAAAAAAAUGAUGAUAAUAAUAAGGGAGAAUAGCUAUAUGAUAAACUUAUGGAGUUUGGCAGAUACCAAAAAUUCUUAGCUAGUAAGAAUGAGAAAAGACGUCGUUUACAAUAAGGAUUUUAAGGCUUAAAAACUCGAGGAAGAGUGCGGAGUGAUAUACAAAUUGAUUUUGUUUCGCGCACGCUAUCCAUAUUGUAUUGGGCGUCGUGCGAGCAAAUGUGUACAGUGAAUGGAAGCACGGGUUACUAUUGCCGAUUAGACCUGCGCUAUAAAUACAUUUAUUAAUAUCAGUGAAUUAUAGUUGUAUACAGUAAUCGGUAUCCGUAAAAGUUCAACCUCGCGCGACUUUAUUAAUUCUUCCGCAGUGUUGUUCUUAGUUUGUCUUAUCGCUUGCGCGCGCAUUCGAGCCUUAUUUACGUAUCGUGGAAUUGCUGAUAUUUUCGUUUGUUAGCCACGGACAAUUGGCGAGGCAAUAAAGCAGUGCAAAGUGUGUCAUGUGAGAUGUACAAGUUAUACUAUAAUCACAGUUGUUUUUAUCAAAAGUCGACGCGAGGUCGCAAUGCCAUAGGUUGAAUUUUAAAUAGUUACGUAAGUCUUAGGGAUUAAGGAACAACCAAUAUUUUGUAUGGACCCCGAUGUCAUAUGAUGAAAAAACACAAAAAAAAAACGAAUAACGAAAUAAACUCUCGAACUACAUAUCCCGAAUCCACGAUCCGAUCAACGAGAUGAAAAUAAUUGAAAAUUGUCAUCUUCCAGUAAUACAGUGACAUCUCGAGUCGCUUAACUAAGUGUACACGUUCCUAAUCGACGUGCGUCUGGCGUCGAGAGGCACAUUUGUAAUCUAGUCACAAUAAAA